AAAGUACAGUAAAAAGUAGCUGCUCAGCAGAAGAUGGGAUCUGGCUUUUCAACUUACCGGCCCAAGGCAAUUUAUUUGGAUAUUGAUGGAAGAAUUCAAAAGGUGGUGUUUAGCAAAUAUUGCAGCUCCAGUGACAUCAUGGAUCUAGUUUGCAUCGCAACUGGUUUACCUCGGAAUACAACAAUAUCACUUUUGACCAUAGAUGAUGCUAUGGUUUCUAUUGAUCCAACAAUGCCAACAAAUUCAGAAAGCACUCCUUACAAAGUGAGACCCGUAGCCAUCAAACAAUUCUCUGAAAAAGAGGAGUUAUUCCAGAGUGUGUUGACACAGGUUGCUGAGCAGUUUUCAAGGGCUUUCAAAAUCAAUGAACUGAAAACUGAAGUUACUAAUCACUUGGCAAUGCUGGAGAAACGAUUUGAAUUGGAAGGACUCAAAGUGGUGGAGAUUGAAAAAUGCAAGAGUGACAUCAAAAAGAUGAGGGAAGAGAUGGCUGCAAGAAACAACAGGACAACCUGUCCCUGUAAGUAUGGUUUGUUGGAUAACAACAGGAAGUUGAUACCACAGAGAGAUAUCCCAGCCUAUCCAAAGUACAUGCUUUCUCAAGAGACUAUAGAAGCUCUCAAGAAGCCUACAUUUGAUGUCUGGCUCUGGGAGCCCAAUGAGAUGCUAAGCUGUUUAGAACACAUGUACCAUGAUCUUGGUCUAGUCAAAGAUUUUAAUAUCAACCCUAUCACGCUAAAGAAGUGGCUGCUUUGCAUCCAUGAUAACUAUAGAAACAACCCUUUUCAUAACUUUCGACACUGCUUCUGUGUGACCCAGAUGAUGUAUUGCAUGAUAUCUCUCUGCUUUCUCCAGGAAAAGUUUUCUCAAAUGGAUAUCUUAGUUCUAAUGACUGCAGCUAUCUGCCAUGAUCUGGAUCACCCAGGAUACAAUAAUACUUACCAGAUUAAUGCACGCACAGAGCUUGCAAUACGUUACAAUGAUAUUUCACCUCUGGAGAACCAUCACUGUGCAGUGGCUUUCCAGAUCAUUUCCCAGCCUGAAUGCAAUAUUUUCUCCAAUGUAACACCAGAAGAUUUCAAAAAGAUAAGGCAGGGGAUAAUUACAUUAAUCCUGGCCACUGACAUGGCAAGACAUGCAGAAAUUUUGGAUUCUUUUAAGGAAAAAAUGGAAAAUUUUGACUACACAAAUGAGGAACAUAUGAUUUAUCUAAAAAUGAUAUUGAUAAAAUGCUGUGAUAUAUCCAAUGAAGUCAGACCAAUGGAAGUAGCAGAACCCUGGGUUGACUGUUUAUUAGAAGAAUAUUUCAUGCAGAGUGACAGAGAAAAAUCUGAAGGACUUCCAGUGGCACCUUUCAUGGACCGAGAUAAAGUGACCAAACCUACAGCCCAAAUUGGAUUCAUCAAGUUUGUUUUGAUCCCAAUGUUUGAAACAGUUACCAAGCUUUUUCCUAUGGUUGAAGAAUUGAUGCUUCAGCCUCUUUGGGAAUCUAAAAAUCGUUAUGAGGAAUUAAAAAAAAUAGAUGAUGCCAAGAAAAAGGCCAUUUAUGAGGAAGAUUAGAAGACUGUUGAACUCAGUUAUAGACUGGUCUAUUAGAUAUCUCGGGAUUCUUCAGCACAGAACAAAGAUGAUACAUCCUGAAGUCUUACAGAACCCUAUUUUCUAAAGAACUGAAUUAUUAUUAAUGGAAAAACUAAGAGAAGAGGAAAGGGAGAUGUCAAAGGAAAGGAGAACUGAAUUCAUCAUAGUCUAUAGAAUUUUAUUUUUAAACUGUCUUUUAAAUAACAUAUUCUUAUACAGAAAGAGGUACUGUUCUUACUUUGUACAUUUGUGUGUAAAAUAGCUACUUUUGUUUCAAAAUAAACACUUGUUGAAUAAAUGUUUAAUUGAAAACAGGAAGCAUUUCUACUAUUCACAUAUGAAGAAAAGGAAAUUUAUACUUUUUCUAGAACAUAUUUUAGAACAAUUGACAGGUAUGAUGAUAUACAUAUAUAUAUAUAUAUAUAUGAAAACUAGUUAUAAUAUUAAAACUUGGAAUGGUAUAUAUGUACAAGCAAAUAGAAUGUGCUUCUGAAAUGUUCAUGCAGUAAGAAUGAAACCCAUUCAUAUGUAUCAUGUGGACAUAUACGAUAUGUCAGCCUAUACAGUAUAAUUGAGGGUGAACUGAUUCAGUAUCCUAUGAGUAUAUGUAAACAUGUAAAAUGAUUGUGAAUGAAAACAAAAAUAUGUCCAUUUCCAGUGAAAUGAUGAUUUAAAUGUUUGCUUUAAAGAUUAGGGAGGGCAACAAUUUCAAGAAAUUUGGCAUUUGGGGAAGGCAAAACUACGGUUUUUGACUAGCUUCUUAUCAAAAAUUAUCUGAUAAACUAUCACUUUAAAUGUUCUAGAAAUAUUUUGUAUAACAAGAUACCCAUAGAAGUUGAGGACAAAGCCUAUAAUUGUUUACAUUUGCUUUAAUUCUUUCUGGAAAAGAAUUAGACAUAUACUAAGCCAUGUUUUCCAACUUCAAGACUUUAUUUUAAACCUAGAUAAUUUUUUUAAAAAUAAUAGUCAACAAUAUCUUCUAUGUGAAGUAAAAUUUGUCUCUAUAUAGUGAGGUUUUCCUUUCAAGAGGAUUCGUAAAACAGGAGUUGGAAUGAUUGAAAAACAUUUCUUUUUUUAAAUAAAUUUUUUUUGAUCUUUUGGGAUUUUUUAAUUUUACCACAAUUUUUCCCAAUAUCUCUCCCACUUUCCCUUCCAUAGAGUUAUCCCAUAUAUAACAUGUUAUUUUUUACAAGCCGAAAAAGAAGAAAAAGAUGAAAAAUCUUCAUAACUGAUCAUUACAUUUUUAAAGUCUGAAAACAUGUACAAU